AUGGAAUCGGCAUCUCCCCUGCCGCAGCUCGCCCAACUCUGCGCCAGGUGCAAGGCUCUAGAAUUGAACGAGGCCGUCCAUGACCUGGGCUCCGACGACACCCACCAGUACCGGGAAAUCAAGCUCGGCUGGGAGUUGGCCGACCAGAUCCCUGAAAUGUCCCAGGCCUCCAAACGAAGAGAAAAAGGCUGGGGCGGCGGCUAUGGCCUCGCCUGUCUCAGAGUCAAGUUUCGUAGUGAUGAAGGAAAGGACAUCGUCUACUUUGAUUGUCCCAUCGCUUCUGCCACACGGCCCCUUCAAAACUCAGCGGUUGGUCUCGCCACGCCGCUGACCCAGCUCGACUCUGACCGCAUACGGUGGAUAACGUCAAAGCUGGAGGCUUGUGUUGCCCAUGACCACCUUACAGCCCAGCCGGGCUUUGUUCCGGAUCGACUCAUCAAAGUGGACCAAGGGCAGCUGCGUCUCGUCCUCACCAACGAUGCUGGCAACUCGGACUUCCAUCCACCCCCGGGCGUCGAGCCGCCACGCUACGCUGCACUCACAUAUUGCUGGGGGCCGCUUCCCCAUGCAGACAAGCAGCUCAAGACGCAAACUGGAAAUCUCUCGCAGCACCUCCGCGAGAUACCCGCAUCGAAGCUGCCCCUAGUCGUCAAAGACGCCGUGUCUGCGGCCAGAGCAUUGACUAUCCCCUAUCUCUGGGUCGAUGCCCUCUGCAUCCUUCAAGAUGUCGGCUCAGACUGGGAGGCUCAGUGUAUGCAAAUGGACAAGAUAUACAGCAACGCAUACCUGACCAUCAGUGCUCCAGUGUCCAACAACUGCGAGGAGGGUUUCGUCGACAGAUCAGAUAGAGUCGUUCUUCCUCUGCAUCAACGCCGUGGCCCGACUACCCCUAUCAUGUUCGCCAUCUACCAGCCGUCUUGUAGCGCCACGUCGGCCUAUGAGAUUGCAGCAACAACUUGGAUAGAAAGGGGCUGGACACUCCAAGAACGCCUAUCCUCGACGCGCAUGGUCUUCUUCGGACGAAACAACAUCCAUUUCCAAUGCAUCGAGGGACACUGCUCCAUGGGAAGGUUCCAGCUCCCCUGUGAGUUUGGCAUGCUGAACCGGAGACUGAUCAACCAAGGCUCACCGUCUGUGCUACACAAGGAGUGGGCCGACGUUGCCGCCGAGUGUUCCUGCGUGUUUCCUGAAUUUACGCGCCCAACCGACUUAUGGCCGUCGAUUGCCGGGAUCGCGACCUUGUUUGCCGAGCGGCUGCGCGAUGAAUACCUGGCCGGCUUGUGGAAGGGGGAUCUCAGCCGGUCUCUCCACUGGACCGGCGCUCGAAGCAAUAGGCCCAAAUAUGCAGACCUGAUGGCUCAGCUGGAGCAUCCUUCGCAGUACAUUGCUCCCUCCUGGAGCUGGGGAAGCCACUCGACCCUGGUCUCUUUCAGCCUGUACGCUGACCACACCGUGGACCACUGUCGACCUGAAUACUCCAUCUUGCGCGCUUCUGUCAAACUAAAAGGGGCCAAUCCCUUCGGUGAACUCGAGAGCGCACAUUUAGACAUUUCAGCCAAGGUGUAUACAGGCUCACGGCGUCUCGUUUUCGACGAACUCAAAGACACCGGUGGCAUAUCUAGGCAAACGCUGCGACUAGAGGGUCGAUAUCUAACGGACUUUGAGGCAGACUGCGAGUCUGAGGACUUGUUCGAUCUAAGGGAUGGGCAAUAUGGGUUGGAAGCGCCAGUCAGUUUCUUGCUGAUUGGGAGCACGGUGAACGAAGACAGCAGCUCUCGUCCCGACAGGUUCCAUGGAUCGCCAAGCUCUCAGAAAAAGCUGGACGACGACCUUUACGGAGACUCUAGGCGGGAACCAGAGGUCCCCGAUGCUUGCCACCCUGGGGGCGAGUAUCUUGGUGAUGGUUUCGCGGGCGAAAAGCCACGUGCUGCGUCGCCCUGUCUCGAUGUCCAGGGGCCGCCUCGAAGUGAAGAGAAGACGGGGAAAUAUGGUGCAGCAGAACGGGUAGCCUAUGGGCUCAUGAUUCAUCCAGCAAACAAACCUGGCGAGUUCUAUCGACUCGGAGCCUUCUUCUCCGAACCCUAUGGGCGCGGGGGCCUUGCAUUCUUCGAUGGCUGCGAGACGAGGGCGAUACGGCUUAUUUAG